AUGGUGGGAUGGAAAACAAAGGCACUCAAUGAUGUAAAAGAUUGGGCAGUACAUGCGGUGGAAAACACCAAACAGAAAAAGAUUGUAAAGAACGCUUAUCUGGCCGAUGUUGAGGAAAUAAGCGAAAAUACCGUCCUUGUAUUCUACCGGACCCGAGACACGAGUGCAGACACGAGACACGAGCGGAGACACGAGACCCGAGCGGAGACACGAGCGGAGACACGAGCGCCGAGACCCGAGCGCCAAGACACGAGUGCCGACACGAGACCCGAGUGCAGACCCGAGACACGAGCGGAGACACGAGCGGAGACACGAGUGCAGACACGAGACCCGAGUGCAGACACGAGACAUGAGCGGAGACACGAGACCCGAGCGCAGACCCGAGCCGAGACACGAGAUCCGAGCGCAGACCCAAGACCCGAGCGGAGACACGAGACCCGAGCGGAGACACGAGACCCGAGCGGAGACCCGAGCGGAGACACGAGACACGAGCGGAGACACGAGACCCGAGCGGAGACACGAGACUCGAGCGCAGACCCGAGACCCGAGCGGAGACACGAGACCCGAGCGGAGACACGAGACCCGAGCGGAGACACGAGACCCGAGCGGAGACCCGAGACCCGAGCGGAGACACGAGACCCGAGCGGAGACACGAGACCCGAGCGGAGACACGAGACUCGAGCGCAGACCCGAGACCCGAGCGGAGACACGAGACCCGAGCGGAGACACGAGACCCGAGCGGAGACACGAGACUCGAGCGCAGACCCGAGACCCGAGCCGAGACACGAGACCCGAGCGGAGACACGAGACCCGAGCGGAGACACGAGACUCGAGCGCAGACCCGAGACCCGAGACCCGAGCGGAGACACGAGACCCGAGCGGAGACACGAGACCCGAGACCCGAGCGGAGACACGAGACCCGAGCGCAGACCCAAGACCCGAGACCCGAGCGCAGACCCAAGACCCAAGACCCGAGCGCCAAGACAUGAGCCGAGACACGAGACCCGAGCGCUGAGCGGAGACACGAGACCCGAGACCCGAGCGGAGACACGAGACCCGAGCGGAGACACGAGACCCGAGCGGAGACCCGAGCGGAGACACGAGACACGAGCGGAGACACGAGACCCGAGCGGAGACACGAGACCCGAGCGGAGACACGAGACCCGAGCGGAGACACGAGACCCGAGCGGAGACACGAGACUCGAGCGCAGACCCGAGACCCGAGCGGAGACACGAGACCCGAGCGGAGACACGAGACCCGAGCGGAGACACGAGACUCGAGCGCAGACCCGAGACCCGAGCGGAGACACGAGACCCGAGCGGAGACACGAGACCCGAGCUGAGACACGAGACUCGAGCGCAGACCCGAGACCCGAGCGGAGACACGAGACCCGAGCGGAGACACGAGACCCGAGCGGAGACACGAGACCCGAGCUGAGACACGAGACUCGAGCGCAGACCCGAGACCCGAGCGCAGACCCGAGACCCGAGCGGAGACACGAGACCCGAGCGGAGACACGAGACCCGAGCGGAGACACGAGACUCGAGCGCAGACCCGAGACCCGAGACCCGAGCGGAGACACGAGACCCGAGCGCAGACCCAAGACCCGAGACCCGAGCGCAGACCCAAGACCCAAGACCCGAGCGCCAAGACAUGAGCCGAGACACGAGACCCGAGCGCUGAGCGGAGACACGAGACCCGAGACCCGAGCGGAGACACGAGACCCGAGCGCAGACCCAAGACCCGAGACCCGAGCGCAGACCCAAGACCCAAGACCCGAGCGCAGACCCGAGACCCGAGCGGAGACACGAGCGCCGAGACCCGAGACCCGAGCGCAGACCCAAGACCCGAGCCACGAGCCGAGACACGAGACCCAAGACCCGAGCGGAGACACGAGCGGAGACACGAGACCCGAGCGCAGACCCAAGACCCAAGACCCGAGACCCGAGCGCAGACCCAAGACCCAAGACCCGAGCGCAGACCCGAGACCCGAGCGGAGACACGAGCGCCGAGACCCGAGACCCGAGCGCAGACCCAAGACACGAGACCCGAGCGCAGACCCGAGACACGAGACCCGAGCGCAGACCCGAGACCCGAGCGCAGACCCGAGACACGAGACCCGAGCGCAGACCCGAGACACGAGACCCGAGCGCAGACCCGAGACCCGAGCGGAGACACGAGACCCGAGACCCGAGCGCAGACCCGAGACACGAGACCCGAGCGCAGACCCGAGACCCGAGCGGAGACACGAGACCCGAGCGCAGACCCAAGACCCGAGACCCGAGCGCAGACCCAAGACCCAAGACCCGAGCGCCAAGACAUGA